AUUGGCUAUGAUAGAAAUUAGAGCGCGUACUUGAGCGGGGAUCUUUCGGACCUUCUCAAACUUGUCCCUCGAUCUUUUAUUUAUUUUACCAAAGUUCUGAAUACGUUCUAAUGGAUUACAUCACCCUAAAUCCAAAGAGCUCGAUUUCAAAUGCUGUCAUAUCACCCGCUAACAUAGAGGCACCCGAGAAUCCAACCCUUUUCCCUGGCCUGCCACUAUCAGAUAAUGAAUCUAACGCCGUUAACAUCGGGGAAGGACUGUUUGGAAACUACACUUAGUACUUAGUCAUUAUGACGGAACCUGUGUCGAUGCCUUUACCCUCGUCUGAUCCAGAGCUAGAUGUUGCUUUCGGAUCCGGGAAAGCCGAACGCGACGAGUUGCGACAAGCGGGAAACGGCGAAGAGGCAGCAGAUAUCUCGUCAAGACGACUGGAAACAAGUUCGAUAAAAUUACCUCAGAAACGUGGCAUUGAUGAUCCGGAUUUUGGUAGGGACCGCCGCCGCCGUUUCACAAGACACCGAGAUUCGCAAAGUCCGGCUAGGAGAUUUGCCUGUCCGUUCUUAAAAGCUGAUGUAGUGCGUUAUAAAGAGUGUUCGGAUCGCAGGUUAAACCGGAUUGUCGACGUAAGACAGCAUAUUAGGAGGGCACAUAUGCAACCAAUACACUGUCCUAUAUGUGGGAUAGUCUUUAAGGAGGAGACGUCUUUAAAUGGUCAUUUAGUAGACAGGAUGUGCAGCAAAAGGGACUUUAAUAUCGAAGGCGUGCCGCCCGCGGACUUUUUGCGAUUGACCAUACCGUAUGGGAAAAUGUGGUCGGAUGAAGACAAGUGGUACCACAUCUGGGACGUUGUACUUCCUGGCCUCGAUCGUCCCCCAUCGCCGUAUUUCGAUAUCACAACUAAUCCGAAUUAUAAUCCUCUAAUGCUGAAUGCAUACAAGGAGUGCAUAGCUGCCUCGCUUCCCACAUUGAUUACCGAGAGACUAUCUUCUAGCACGCUUGCUUCACGAGAUUUACGGGGCGCCGAUGUCUAUGAAGACAUACAACGGGCGGUCAAUGAUAGUCUUCACGAGAGCCUGAACGAGUUCCUGACGAAAUUUGGUUCGGGCGAUUUCCCUAAUUCUUCAACCACUUCAAUCCAUGCGCUUGGUACCUUUGGCGAUAACCCGAACGGGGACAAUGAGGGACUAUUAGACUACGACGAUAUGCAGGCAUUGCCUCAAACUACUGGAGAAUCGUCAGAGCCGAUGAGCGUUAUGGCAACAAAAUAUCAUAAUGCAUCACCACAAAUUACCCCGAACCUCGAGUCUCCUAUCAAGCAGCCUUCAGCUGCCGAAGUUUCGAGUCGCGGAGAUGAACCAUCUAGUGUUAAUAGAGAACGAGGUCGAUCGACGAACGACGCAUGGGAGGGGCAUAGGAGUUUAAUCGAACGACUCUAUAUAGACGAAAAUAAAACCCUAAGCGAAGUUAUGGGGAUAAUGGAAAGCGAACAUGACUUCAAAGCUUCAGUAAAAAUGUAUAAAACACGACUCGCAAGGUGGCGAUUAACUAAAAAUAUUACGGCUCGCCCUCGGGUCAUCCAAAAUCUGCGACAAAACCAUAAUCAAUAGAAAUAUACUUAGUAAAAGUAAUGAAGUGUAGCUUCUGGAGAUUAUCUUGUUCGUAUCGCACACCAACUCGGAUGGGCUUUGGAUAUUACUUAAUUCAGAUAAUCGAACAUCUAUAUUUAAGGCCAAUUAUGGAGAGGCGCUAACCAUUUAACGUAUCAGCUUGCCGUAGUUCCUGCCUAAGGCAUCUAAUUAAUGUUAGGUGUACUCUUUACUUCUACCGGACCGGUCCAAUUAAUGCCGAUGAGUCCAUCAUCAUCUCACCUACAAUAUCUUCAUUCACCUACAGCAUAUCAUCCUUUCCGCAAUGGACGGCCUGACCUCCUACUAA